GUUUUGCUUUAAUUUUUUGGUGUUUGGGUUUCAAAGGCCAUGGCUUCUGAAGGAUCCAAAUCGGUAGCUUCCAUCCUUUUGGCACUGAAUCUAGUGUUGUACUUCAUUGUGCUUGUAAUUGCUUCCUGGGCAGUGAACCAUGGGAUUCAAAUGUCACGCGAAACAGCAUCUGUUUUGUCCAUUCCUGCUCGCAUAUUUCCAAUAUACUUCCCAAUGGGAAACUUGGCAACUGGUUUCUUCAUAAUUUUCUCUCUUAUUGCUGGUGUUGUGGGGUUCACCACCUCACUCACUGGAUUUUAUAACAUUUUCCAAUGGAAUGCUCCCAACUUACAUGCAGCAGCCAUGUCUUCAUUUACAACAUGGGCACUCACUCUACUAGCCAUGGGAUUUGCAUGCAAAGAGAUUGAACUUGGCUGGACAGACUCAAACCUGCGUACCUUAGAAAUAAUCACGAUAAUUGUAAGCGCAACACAACUGUUAUGCACGAGUGUUAUCCAUGUUGGGGUUUCAGAAGUUAUUCCGCAGAGAAUUGCAAGAGUAUGA